GAAAAAACUUUAGAAGACCCAAUUACCAAUAAGAAAAAUGUUGUUCGAAAUCACUUAAAAAUAUGUAAAUAUUUUCAUACCAAGCUUGGCUCUCAAGAGGCAGUAGAUGAAUAUUGUAACAGGACAGACAAUGAAGAAGAUAAGAUGAUAAUAUCAAAUAGAUGGGUAUUUAGUUGGAUAAGAAAUCCAAAAACCAAGGAACUUUUUGAAUUCUUAAACCCAGCACUUACUCUUCCUAGUCAGCAUUUAUUAUCCAAUUAUAUCCUUAAGGCUGAAAGAACAAAUUAUAUUAAAUCACGAAAGCAAAAAAUAAAGAAAGAUAAAAUUGGAGUUACCUUGGCAUUUGAUGGGUGUAAAAAUAUUUUAAAACAACAUAUCUUUGGUUCAUUAUUUAUUUUAUCAACUGGAGAGAUUGAAAAUAUGAUUCAAAAUGUGUCGAAUUUGAAGGCAAAAUUAUUGGCAAUUGUCUCUGAUACUCAAUUCAUUACUUAUUAUUACAAAGCAUGGUUUGGAUGCCAACCAACUCGUAUCUUACUUGAGCUAGAAGAAUAUAGAAAACGUAGAUAUCCCUUUGACUUUGUCACAUAUAAACAAUUUGAAGAUAAUAUGCUGCAAUUUUGGGAAUUCGUUUUAUCUUCAACUAAAGAAUUAGGUCCAUUGGCUGAAAAUCAAUUACGUGACUGGGAAAAAAUACUAAUGAAUGAAGAGGUUGCUAGACUAAAGGAAGAAGAAGAAAAGUGA